UUGGUUUGUCGUGACAAGAUAUAAACAUGGCUCAAGAUAACGGUGUAGACGUGAACUGUAAGAUAUGCUGCUUUCUACGUGAGUCGACGACGAAGGGCUUUAGGAGACUAUCAAUGGACAUGGUUGCGAUAACUUUAGUGUGUUCUCAUCGGGAAUAGCAUAAAACAUGAAUUACGGGAAGAAAUCGUCGCAGACAUCAUUCGAUUCGGAUAGUAUGUUUGGAGAAGAAGAAGAUGCCAAAGAUAACAUUAAAAGAAAAUCACGCAACCUCAGUGAGAAGAAAAGACGCGACCAGUUUAAUGUGCUGGUCAGCGAUCUUUGUAACAUGGUGUCCAAGGGAAACCGCCGCAUGGAUAAAUCUUCAGUAUUAAAGUCAACUAUCGCCUACCUGAAAACACACAAUGAAAGUAUUACUCAGUCCCAGCAGCAUGAAAUACAUGACGACUGGAAGCCACAUUUCCUGACAAACAAUGAAUUCACACAACUGAUGUUAGAGGCCACAGACGGUUUCCUUUUGGUGCUCACACAGGCAGGGAAUAUACUAUACUCUUCAGAAAGUGUAACUUCGCUUCUUGGACAUUUGCCUGUGGAUUUAGUCAAUCGUCUAGUAUAUGAUUUUAUUCUUGAAUCAGAGCGAGUUGAUCUCCAUACAUUACUGUCAUCCCACCAACUAGAAACUUAUAACAGCAGGACUGAUUUAGAUGCAGACGAAAAUCAGCUUUCCUUUUCAUGUCAUAUGAGAAGGGGCUCAACGAGUCCUGAUAGCGUACCACAAUAUGAACUAGUCAAAGUCAUAGGAAAUUUUAGAAAAUGGAGCACAAGUAUAGUUAAUAUAGAAUCUGAAGAUGGCUUCCAAGACAAUGGUGAUGAUUUAGAAACAGUUUGUUUUUGCUGCACAGUGCGGCUGCAGCAUCCAUUGUUCUAUAGGGAAAUGACAUAUGUCAAUGAAAGUAAAAGUGAAUUCACAUCAAGACACAGUUUAGAGUGGAAAUUUCUUUUUCUGGACCAUAGGGGACCACCCAUAAUAGGCUACAUGCCUUUUGAGGUAUUGGGGACUUCAGGGUACGACUACUUUCAUCCAGAAGAUUUACAGAAGAUAGCUAGAUCACAUGAACAGCUAAUGAAAACCGGUGAGGGGACAUCUUGUUACUACAGAUUCUUGACCAAGGGCCAGCAGUGGAUCUGGCUACAGACCAAGCAGUAUAUUACCUAUCACCAGUGGAACUCAAAGCCUGAGUUUGUGGUCUGUGUUAACACCGUAGUCAGUUAUAAAGAGGUACGAGCCAGCUUGAAGAAAGCCAUGGGCUGCCCUGAAGACAAGGUGGACAGCAUGGACUCCUCCCCAGUAGCAGGUCCUUUCUCUGACUAUGAGCACACUCCAUCCGUGUCUGACAUGGACGAGACGCACAGUGAUUUUUCUUCUGCAUCUCAACAUAAUGGUGCUGUCAUCAUGUCACCCAUAAAGCCAAGAAUCUCUCAGCAUUUUCAAGGUCUCAAGGAGCUGUUGGAGCAGAAUCCCAGCAGCAGUACUGGACAGAAUGGUGUGCCAAGCAGCAGCCGAGGUGGAGUCAGUAAACAUUUAUUCAAAAACUUGCCUAGUGCCAGUGGUCCCAGUUCCACACGGACAUCCAGCACCAGUGCGGCUGGCACCAGCUCCUCUCCCCCAGCCACUGCAACUGUAUCCAGCACUGUGUCCAGCUCUGCUGGGCUGCAGAACAACUUGCUAGAUCAGCUUGGACAACAGCAGAUAGUACUUACGCCAGCGCAGAAGCAGCUCCAGCUCCAAUUGUUACAAAAACACCGCCACCUUCAGCAGAUGAUCACACAGCAGCAGGAGCAGCUGCACCUUAUAGCACAGCAGUUGUUGUGGACCCAGCAGCAGAUGACCAGUAUUGGGAACUCCAAUAUCAAUGCCGACCAGCCUCAGGACCAGAUAGACAUAUCUCCACAGCAACAGCCAGUAGAGGACAGCAGUGAGCCCACAACUUCACAGGCCUCUGCUCAGGCAUCUGCUCAAGGAUCAUCACACUCUCCUGGCCAGUCAUCCCAGCCAUCUCAGCCAUCUCAGCCACAACAACAGCAACAACAGCCAGUCCAUCAGUCUGUCAUCACCUCUAGUAAUAUGAGUCCCAUGUCACUGUACUCUGACUUCAGUCCCUGCGUGACCACAGCUAGCACUGUGGCAGAUUUUAACAGCACCAACUCUUGCACUACCAGUGAUAUUAGACUCAAUGAGCAGUUGUUGCAGUUACAAUUGCUACAGCAGCAGUUGUUACUGCAGCAUCAGGUCCAGGCAAUGCCAAAUUUCCAGUCGUUAUUAUUCUCCCAAGACCUGCUGAUGGACGACCAGAUGCUGACUAAUAAUAUGCCAAUGAAUGGGCAGAUGCUGAGUCAGGACCUGGGGACAGGGUUGGUGGGACAGAUGCUUACACAGGAUGAUUCAAUGAUGCUUCAGGAUUUACAGGGAUCUUUCAGGGUGGAUGGAGGGUUUAGAACCCCCAUUUCUCCAAUGAGCCAACAACAACAACAACAACAACAACAGCAGCAACAACAACAACAACAACAACAACAACAACAACAACAACAACAACAGCAACAACAACAACAACAGCAGCAACAACAAAAUGUUGCAGUGUCCCAGAAUCAGGUUCAGCAACCACAUUUGGGUCAAGGUCACAUAUCAGGGUCACAGACAAUGAUGUCAGGUAACAUGGCCUCCCCACAUGUCCACCUGUCAUCUGUGUCUCCUCAUUUACAAGUGAACAAUGGCGGGAUGCUGUUGCCCCCCAGUGGUAGUUCUGUGCAUUCACGGCAACAAAGACUACACUCCGUGAGUUCAUUAGGAUUACAGUUGUCCUCAUCACAACAGCCUAGAUCCUCCUGCUCUCAAAACUACUAUCAUCCGCCCAGUAGUAAUUCCAGUGACCUGACAUGAACACGUGUUGCAAUAAUAAAUGUCAAAAUAGCACAUAAUAUUAAAAAAAGAGAUCUAUAUAUUAUCUACAUAUACAAGUAUAUAUAUACAUAUAUACACAUAUAUCAUACAUAUAUAUUGUUAUUGAAUCAUGUGAAAAUAUAUUUUGCUACACUGAUAAUAUUGUUAUGAAAAUUGUAUGAAAGUGAUAUGUGUAUAUUUUCUUUAGAUUUUGUAUGGAAAUUUAGUGCUGGUUGAUUUCCUGUGAUUGUUGUUUUGACUGUAGCUUGCUAGUUUUCACUUCUCUUUCCUGUAUUUCUUUAUGCAUCAAUGUUUCACGUUCGAGUUUUAAAGUAGAACUCUGCUGGACUCCUCUCUUAGGUUGAUUGAUUUUCUGACCUAAAUGAAAUGUAAGAGCACAUUUAAGUGAGUAGUAUUUAAGUGAGUAGUAUUUAUUGUAUUUUUAUGUAGAUCAUGUUGUCUUCCCAUUGCUGACUUCAUCAUGUACAAGCUGUGACUGCACUUUAUGAGUUAUGUUUUAGUCAUUAUAUAAAUGUUUCACUGCAUAUUAACAAAUUCCGAAUUUUUUCUUUGAAAAUUCCAAGGUUGUAAGGAAGCGCACAAAAAUUAUAUAUUUGAAUGAGUAUUUUUCAAUGCAGUUUCGUCUUUUUUACAGAAAGACCUUCCACCAAGCUUUGUGAAAGUGAGUUGACUAAGAACUAUGAACACUGCACCCCCAUUUUUGUAUUUAUUAUGAUAUUUAUUACCCAAAUUACCAACUCUUGAAUAUUCUACCUCGACUGAAACGCAGUAGGCUGCAUCUUUUGGAUACUUUCUGGGUAUAUGCCUGUGUAUGUGUGCCUACACACAGGCACGCACAGGCACACGCACGCAUUCUGUUUGUAAGUUCAUUUUAAAUGUCAUUUCUGAGAAAGAAAAAAAAUGAUUAAGACCUUUUUGAAUGUAUAUCUCACUGAAGAAUCCCACUUUUUUAUGUUAGUGGAAAUUUCAAUUCACGAAAAAGGAGCAGGUUCAAAAUUUGUGCUUUUAAAAAAAGUAUUUCUGUUGAGAAUGGAUUAAUCAGAGUUUUAUCUAUUUAUUUGUUUAUUUAUUUAUUUAUUUUCAAACAAAGUGAUUCUCCUCCUUGCUUGUUUACCAUCUAAAAUAUAGCCAUCUUUAUGUGGAUAGAUUCUACUUGCUCAAGUUGUUAAAGCAAAAUGUGAUGGUUAAGUUUGAUACUGACAAGAUUUUUUACAUGGUAAGACAGUGUGGCCUUAAAAAUGAACACAACUCAAUGUGAUGACUGUGAUAAUGUUAUCACAAGAAUUGGAGAUUUUAGAAUGGAGUAUUGGUAAUAUUUCCCCAACACAAGAAUACAGGUAAUUUAAAACUUUAAGAGAGUUUAGUUUAAAGCAUUUAUUAAGUACUGACCCCAACUUGAGGAAAGCACAGUGUAGUUUUAAAAGGCCAAUUUUAUCUAUUUUUAAUCCAAGUUUCUGUACUAAAAAUCAUGCUAACCUUUGCCCAGGUAAUUAUGUAAUUAUCAAAAAUCUCUCUCAAAAAAGUAGUAAAUACAAAAUUUUCAGUCGGGGACAAAACUGCAGGUAGAUUAAACAUUAACAUAAAAUGCCCUUGAUAAAACAGUAUUACUUGAAUCAAAUCAUAGACAGGGACAAGCUUUAUAUAUAGUUUUAAUUUAAUAGUAUAGUUAUUAUGAUUAAAGUUAGUUGUCAUCAUGCAUUUUAUUUAAGCCAAUUAAAAAAGUAUAAUAUUAUAAUAAAUGAAAGAUAAUUCUUAAAUCGUUUUAGGUAUUAUUAUUACAUGUGGAGGUCUUUUCCGUGAUUUGGACAUGAUUUUGUUGUUGACAGUUGAGCUGGGAAAGAGUGAUAGAUGUUAAUGUUUGACAUAUGUUAAAGAAGUAUUUUAAGCACAAUAUUACAUAUAUUAUCAAUUUUAAAGAAUAGUGGAAUAAAAAAUUAAAAUGGUUAAAUAUAGAUAUUUGAUAUGAAAUCCUAGGCAAAUGAAAAAAACGGGUAGGUAAACAAUUGAAAGAACAAACUUGCAUAACUAUUAUUAAUGAGUAUAGUUUAAAAUCAUCAUCAUCAGCACAUUUGGCAAUUAAUAAUAAAAUAAUCAUUAAAUCAUUGCCAUUUCAUUAUACCAUGAGCAUCCAUUUUAAAAAAAAACUUUUUUACAAGUAACACCUUGAAAUUUUCCACUUAAAGGCUGAAAUUAAUCUAACCUCUUCACUAAUGGUUUUCUUACAUCUGCAUGAUGUCACUUCCUUCAAGUUGGUCACAUUUGAUACAUCGAAUUCCCAAACAUUUUUAAAUGAUUAAAAUCAUUUUAAAGUGGUGGACAGGGUAAGGCAAAAAGUCCUAAAUGUACAUGUUUUGGAUAAUGGAUAAAUCUUUGGUGUUCACUAGCUCUGUCAUUUCACCAUUGACGUCAUAAUUGCAAUAUUGGGGUAAAUAUUGCAAAAUCAGUUUUUCAAAUCUCUCCUUUCCCUGAGCACCAUGAAUACCCCUUUAACACCCAUUUAUGACACCAUUGAGCACUUCAAAACCCUGCCAGCUAUUUUUCUUGAAAGCCCUAAUUCAGAUUUUAUUCUUAAUGAGGCAAAAUAGUACUUUUUCUAUGAUACACUGAAAUUAGGGGCUUAAAACUCCAAGACAUACAUGUAAACCAUGAUGGCACGGGAUUGAAGCCCAUUUGUUGUUGUGAAAAAAAUUUGUUCAGCUAUGGAAGUUAUGUCCCAUGCCAAUUAUUAUAUCUCACCCCAAAAUAGAAAGCUCUUCAAUUGUCCAUAAAUGCUCUGAGAUGCUUUAUAUGCUGAGCAACAGAAAAUAUAAGCAUCAAUAUUUGAGAUUUUCCAGACAUUUUUUAUUGUUUUUAAUAAGCAAAAUGGUAGAUGCAUUUUUAAAUGAAUAAUUAGAUACACGAAAAAACUCACUUAAGUGUUUUGAUGAUCAUAAAUCUGUCUGUAACUUUUGUCUUCUUUUCUAGUUGCAUUUAAGCAUGUGUUUGGACUUGAAGUCCUUUGAUGCAAACAUUUUCAUCUGACUAGCUGGAGUACGUAGUGGCACAAGUUCAACCUUAGGCAUUAUGCCAUUGUUAAAGUAUUGCUAGUACCACAUGUAGGUGAAGUUUAAGGUGCACUUUAUUGUACAAAGCACAAUAAAAAUGUAGCUUUUGUUUUCAAGCAUUGGGGAUGUUAAAGGUAAAUAUUUUCUGCUUUUAAAAAUGUCCCAAACUCAUUUUCUAAGAUUACUCAUCUUUCCCAUUUCAGACCUUUAAAAUGAUAAAGUCCCUCAAAGUAAGUCACCUUUAGUACAUAUUUCACUCUUAAAUGUACAGGAAGACACGGUAAUCUAAGCGACUGGCCAGUCAUUUAGAACUAGCUAUAGGACACACUGAGCUAGUUUAGAACUUAGCUACUUAUAAAGAAAUUAUAUAAGACAUCGAAUCCAAGUUCAAGAAUAGGUCUAGUAAUGAUUCAUGAGUAGGAAAAAAUUGCUUUAUUAUUACUUAUUAAUUAAUUAAUUUUUUUAGCAAAGUUUGAUUUAGUGGGAAAAUUAUGGAUAGGAUACAACAUUUGAUUUAAGUUUUUUUAGUUGUAUUAUGAGAGGAUU